CUUUCUAUCUUCUAUUUUUUUCUUUCUUUUUGUCUUGUUGGUCUCGUUGCAGUUGCAGGGACAAGGGACAAUAAACACUUAGUGGGGGACUAUCAGUAAACCGUCUUUUUGCAGUUGCAGGGGUUGUACCUUUGGUGUUAACUAUUUGAAGGAGUGAGUUUAGGAUAAUAGACUGCAGAUAUCUGAUAAUGCUUUGCUCUGGAGAAAUAUUAUAUUCUCGUCAUUCUGAUAUUAACAAUUUGAGUUAGUGUGCAGCUUAGGUCAUAAGAAGAGGUUUGGCUAGUGUUUUUUGCAAGAACUUCAGGUCUGCUAUGUCUUUGGACUGCAGUAUUAGAUGCCACCUUUUGAGCAGUUAAACCUCAAUGUUCAGAUUGGCUUCUAGUCAGUUGGACUGAUUUUGAAUCAUGGCGGAACACUUGGCUUCAAUAUUUGGUACAGAGAAAGAUAGGGUCAACUGCCCAUUUUACUUCAAGAUUGGGGCUUGUCGUCAUGGAGAUCGUUGCUCACGUCUCCAUAACAGGCCAACCAUAUCACCAACUCUUGUCCUCGUUAACAUGUAUCAGCGCCCUGACAUGAUCACCCCUGGGGUCGAUGCUCAAGGUCAGCCAAUUGAUCCCCGCAAGAUGCAAGAGCAUUUUGAAGAUUUUUACGAGGAUAUCUAUGAGGAACUAAGCAAGUUUGGUGAGAUCGAGAAUCUCAAUGUCUGUGAUAACCUUGCUGAUCACAUGAUUGGUAAUGUCUAUGUCCAGUUCAGGGAGGAAGAUCAGGCAGCUGCUGCACAUACAGCCCUUCAGGGCCGUUUUUACUCUGGCCGACCAAUUGUUGUUGACUUCUCCCCUGUGACUGAUUUCCGCGAAGCGACCUGCCGGCAAUAUGAGGAGAACAGCUGUAAUCGCGGUGGAUAUUGCAAUUUCAUGCAUGUGAAGAAGAUCGGUAGGGAUCUGAGGAAAAAAAUGUUUGGGCAUUACAAGAGGCCAUACAGGGGAAGGAGCCGUAGCCCUAGUCCACAUCACAGGAGAGAGCGCCGGGACCGAGAUGAUUACCGUGGCGCAGGUGGUGGCGGAGGUCGUGGCCGUGAUGAUUACCGUGGUGGUGGUGGUGGGCGCAGGGGUGGAGGCAGCAGGCAUGAAAGGUAUGACGAUGGAGGGAGGCGCAGGCAUGGUGGCAGCCCCCCUCCCAGGAGGGCGAGGAGCCCUGUCAGGGAGAGCAGUGAGGAGCGCAGGGCUAAGAUUGAGCAGUGGAACCGUGAAAGGGAUGAAAAGCAAGGGUGAACAUCAGUGGUGUGCUCCUCUAAGGUGGGCAAGGCAGACAUUAUCAGUUAAGGUUGUCUGGCAGUUUGCUGGUUUCGUUGUAUGCCUAGGAACUUGCUAUUUUAUCAGGAUUGCCUUUUGAGUUCAAGUGAUCUCUAGGGCAAGGGUUCGAAUUUAUUUUGUUGCAUGAAACUUGUGAAACUGUCAUUUUUGUUUUCCGUAAUGUUUUGUCAGGCUGUUGUGUAUUGCAUUUGCUCGGCCCUUUUGUAUUAUGCCGAAUGUUUGGCAUUCCACUGUGGUGGACUGAUGGUUGCCUGAUUGUAAUGGAUCACUGAUCAUUCCUGGCUGGGGGUGCAAUGGUGGUCUGUCACACCUUUGUUUUCGUUUC